AAUUUAAGGUUUUUACACUUUGUUUAUUCUUCAAAUCUUAUUUUAGGGUUGAAAUUAAGUGUUUAAGUUGGAUUUUCAUUUUUGAUACAUGCAUGUCAUUUUAUUUACUAAUCUCUUCUUUUUGAUUCAUUUUUAACAUGUUUAUACUUUAUAGUGCAUAAGAAAAUAGGGGAAUUUGUUCUCUAAUUACAGAAUUUAAGCUUAGACUUUUUCUUCAAAUCUUAUUAACUUAAGUCUUUCUCUCUCUCUCUUUUUGUUCUUCUUUCAAGUUUAAGGUUUUUACACUUUGUUCAUUCUCAUAAUUGAUUGAGCUUAGAUAGGCCUUUUAAUGAGGGUUGAAAAUAAGUAUUUUAGUUAGAUUUUCAUUUUUCAAACAUGCAUGUCAUUUUAUUUACUAAUCUCUUCUUAUUAAUUCCUUUUCCAAAUUAUUUCCAUUAAUUGUUGUUUAACAUGUUUAAAGAGAAUAAGAAAAUAGGGGAAUUUGUUAACUAGUGACAAAAAAUGGUUUUGGGGUGUAAUUUUUGAGUUGCAGGAAUGAACUUUGUCAAUUUUCUUUUACAAAAACAUUUGAAUUUAAGCUUUUCCCACUUUGUUCAUUCUCAUAAUUGAUUGAGUUUAGACCUUUUUUUUUUCAAAUCUUAUUAGGGUUGAAAAAUAAUUACAUGAGCUAGAUUUUCACUCAGAUGAUCUUUAGUGUCACUUUUCAUACAUGCAUGUGUUCUUUUGGAUUCUUCUCCAAAUCAUUUUUAUUAAUUAUUGUUUAACAUGUCCAUAGACUUAUAGAGCAUAAGAAAAUGUUUUUGGGUGUAAUUUUUGAGUUGCAGGAAUGAACUUUUCUGUUUACAAAAACACUUUGUCCCAUUCUCAUAAUUGAUUGAAUGGGAAAAUUUUCAGCCUUGAAAAAUAACUACAUGAGGAUUCCCACUGUUGGAGGAAAGGCUCUUGAUUUACAUCUCCUUUUUGUUGAAGUAACAAGCCGAGGUGGUCUUGAAAAGGUUAUUACAGAUCGAAAAUGGAAGGAAGUUGUUGUAGCUUUUAAUUUCCCGGCAACAAUUACAAGCGCUUCAUAUGUGUUAAGGAAGUACUAUAUUUCCUUGCUUUAUCACUUUGAGCAGGUGUAUUAUUUCCAUAAAAAAGCCCCUUCAAUCACAACGAAUGACCCUGCAAGUAGGAAUCUUGUCAAUGAAUUCAGAACCCCUGAUGAAGAUGAUGCUAAUAGAAACCAGUUACAAGUCGGUCAAGAGAAUAUGGAAUUGCAGCUCGGUUGCUCAGUUACCGGAGUCAUUGAUGGAAAAUUUGACAACGGAUAUCUUGUUACCAUUAAAUUAGGUUCUGAACAGCUUAACGGUGUCUUAUAUCACGUCCCUAACCGCACAUCUCAAAGUUCUUAUUCUUCAGACACUCAUCAUCACCAUAAUCAUCACCGAAACAGAAAGAAAUCCAAGUUGUCGUUAAAAGAUCCAUCUCGGCCCAAAUCAAACAGGAGCGGUUACAACUUCUUCUUUGCUGAGCAUUACACAAGGCUUAAACCUACCUACUUCGGGCAAGAAAAGGCGAUUAGCAAGAAGAUCGGGGCUUUGUGGAAUAACCUAACCGAAGCUGAAAAACAAGUUUAUCAAGAGAAAGGGGUAAAAGACAAGGAGAGAUACAAGAACGAAAUGCUCGAAUACAAGUCUUCGACUCCUCAAUAGGCGAGAGAGAGAGCGUGUAGUGACAUUAGACAAUGACAUUAGUGAGUAGUAGAAUGUAUGCUUUGUUGUAGCUGUUUCGAAGGUUUCGGGUGUUAAUUUUUAGCUCGGUUUCGGGCUGUUUAAUGCAGUUUCUGUUAAGUUUGUUAUGUCAACUAAUGAGUUUGUUUGCUUGUUUGUUUACUAUUGAACAAAAUCAAGUUUUUCUUUUUAAGGAAAACUCAUAUUCUGAUUUCAGAUAGGAAUUAUAGGAUCUUGUAUUUAACUUUUGAUUUGAAAGAUUUGAAAUGAAUGAGAUGGAUUAUGUGCAAAUAAAA